AAAAAUAAAUAAGAGAAAGAGAAAUAUAAAAUAGUACUAGUUUUGUCUCUUAGACAAACAGUAGUUCCCCGUUCCCUCAGGCUCAGGAGCUCAGGCUCAGGCGGCCAGCAAAUUUGUGUAUGGUGGUGAAUUGUGAAAUGGGUGUGUCGCAAGAUUUAUGGAAUCGUUGUUGGAAUCAAGAUGUGGUGGGUUUGGACAGAGCAUCAUCAGUACCAGCAUCAGCAUCAGCAUCAUUAGCAUCAGCAAUAGUAAUGCUAAGAAUCAGAAGCUCCAAUUCCUCCAAAUUCAAGGUGUCUUCUUCUUCUUGUUUUAGGGUAUCGCAUUUGAGGUACUGUGACAUUCUCACUCGCCGCCGCUCCAGACUCAACGCCAUUGACACCCACAUUAUUAAUAAUAAUCAUGUUCAUGUUACCGUUGAUAUCCCCGUCACCUGUUACCAGCUUAUUGGUGUUAAUGAUCGAGCUGAGAAAGAUGAGAUAGUUAAGUCCGUUAUGGAUUUGAAAAGUGCAGAGAUUGAAGAAGGUUACACCAUGGAUGUUGUUACAUCUCGCCAGGAUCUUGUAAUGGAUGUGAGGGAUAAGCUUCUUUUUGAACCGGAAUAUGCUGGUAAUAUUAGGGAAAACAUCCCACCUAAAACUCCCCUUAGAAUUCCUUGGCCUUGGUUGCCUGCUGCUCUUUGCCUCCUUCAAGAGGUUGGAGAGGUGAAGCUUGUAUUGGAUAUUGGUCGGGCAGCUCUUCAACGUCCAGAUGCUAAGCCAUAUGUUCAUGAUUUGCUUCUGUCUAUGGCACUGGCUGAGUGUGCUAUUGCAAAGAUUGGUUUCGAGAAGAACAAGGUGUCCCAUGGAUUUGAAGCACUUGCUCGUGCUCAGUGUCUUCUAAGGAGUAAAAUAUCUCUUGGAAAAAUGACAUUGUUAUCUCAGAUAGAAGAAUCUUUGGAGGAGCUUGCACCUGCUUGCACAUUGGAAAUAUUAGGCAUGCCUCAUUCACCUGAAAAUGCUGAACGGAGACGAGGAGCAAUUGCAGCCUUGCGUGAACUGCUCAGACAGGGCCUUGAGGUUGAAACUUCAUGCCAAGUCGAAGACUGGCCAUGCUUCUUGAGCCAAGCACUUAAUAGGCUAAUGGCAACAGAGAUAGUUGAUCUUCUUCCAUGGGAUAGUUUAGCCAUUACAAGAAAGAAUAAGAAAUCACUUGAAUCACAGAAUCAAAGGGUUGUAAUUGAUUUCAAUUGUUUCUACAUGGUUUUAAUAGCUCAUGUAGCACUCGGAUUUUCAAGCAAGCAGACAGAUUUGAUAAACAAGGCAAAAACUAUGUGUGAAUGUUUGGUAGCAUCAGAAGGAAUUGAUCUGAAACUUGAAGAUGCUGUUUGCUUGUUUCUUCUUGGACAGGGUAAUGAGGCUGAUGUUGCUAACAAGCUCCAACAUCUUGAAUUGAAUUCAAAUUCCACUACACGAAAUUCAGUCUCGGGGAAGGAAAUAAAACAUGUUUCUGGUGUGAAACCAUCAUUGGAAAUUUGGCUGAAGGAUGUUGUCCUUGCUGUCUUUCCAGACACACGAGAUUGUUCUCCUUCUUUGGUCAAUUUUUUCAGUGGUGAAAAGAAAUCUCCUGGGAGCAAAAAAAGUAAAGGAGCUGCACAUACGGUGCCUGCCAUAUGCCAGAGACCACUGGCCACUGCUCCUCUGUCAGAGCGGAAAUUUUUUGAGGAAUCUCUUCCAUAUGUGAGCUCUUCUCGACUUCCUGGGUCUGGGUCUGCUGUUAAGCAGUUGGCUCCAGAUAUUCAGAGUCCAUUAAUAUUGGGCAAAAGUAGUGAGGGUAGUAGUGCAUCAUCUGGUAGGAAUAUAGGUACACACCAUAGUAAAAUUUGGGAAAGUUGGUCAGUUGGAAGGAUUACUUUUGUUACUGUACUGGGUUGUAUUGUGUUUGCUGCCUUGAAGUUAUCAGGCAUUAGUGAUAGUAAUAUGAGAAGAACUUCUAAAUUUGAUUGUAGUAAAACAAAUGUGACGACAAGUUUGCUUUCUCAGACACUAGAUUCUUCUUUGGAUUACAACGUAGGGCCAGCUCAUAUUAAGGAAAGUGGUGUUGCUAGCAGACUCAAGAAGCUUCUAGCAAUGGCUAAUAUCCUGGUCAGGAACCACUCAGAUGCUGGAAAUCCACAUGUUUUAUCCCCUGCUGCUAGUAUAUCAUCAUCUAUGACUGCUGUGUUUAGGAGGCUAAUGCCUAUGGAAGAAGCUGAAGCCCUUGUUAGGCAAUGGCAAGGAAUUAAAGCUGAGGCUUUGGGGCCUAGCCAUCAAGUUCAUACCCUCUCUGAAGUCCUUGAUGAAUCUAUGCUUGUUCAGUGGCAAGCUUUGGCUGAUGCGGCAAAAGCCAAGUGUUGUUAUUGGAGAUUCGUUUUACUACAACUGUCUGUUCUGCAAGCUGAAAUUAUAUCUGAUGGGAUCGGAGCAGAAAUGGCAGAAAUUGAGGCUUUGUUGGAAGAAGCUGCAGAGCUUGUUGAUGAAUCUCAGCAAAAGAACCCAAAUUAUUACAGCACUUAUAAAGUUCGUUAUGUUCUAAAGAGGCAAGAUGAUGGAUCUUGGAGGUUCUGUGAAGGCGAUACUCAAACACCAUCAUAAUAUUCUGCCUAGUUUGGAAAUGAGGCAGUCAUGACAUCUGAUGUUCUGCUAACUUUGUUCCACCCAUCCUCCACUUUUCUUUUGCAGAGGAGGCCUGAAAAAAUGAAAGUAGAUCUUAAUUGAGGAGGGUGGUGAUAACUUGUUACAACUGGUGAAAGGUAUAUCAGCCAAGCUUGUUGCUUCUGAAUGAUAUGUUGUUAGAAGAUAGUGUAUCCAAAGGAAAUUGAAAAUCGAACGUGGUUAGUACUAACCAAGUAGUGUAAAGAGUGUCAUUGACCUCGUUUAGAAUCUACAUCAAUUCUUUUACAGCAAUUAAUGUGAGUGCUAAAUGUGUAAUUAUGGGCAUAACGAAGUCAUUUAUAGAAAGGGAUGCAUACGUGUAAACUUUCUCUUGUGAUAAUACACUCGAUUUCAAGUU